CGACGAACGGUCGUCUAUCGUUCAGUGCUCGAACGAGGCGAACAGUGAAUCUAAGGAUGUCGGAGUGACGAGACGUAAAAGAACUGUUGUUUUAUCUGAUUCGGAGUUUUACGCAUUCUUGGUCAAUUCGAUCUCUGCACAACAACUAUGCAGGUGGAAAUAGUUUCAGCGACGAACAACAAAACGAUCUGCGUCGUAGACGGUCUGACGGCGUCGUCGACCGUCGCAGACGUGAAAAAAGGGGUAUCUCGGGAAAAGAAGGACCUGUACCCGGAGAGACAGGCACUCCGGGCGGAGCCGAAAGGUAAGUCGCUCAACGACGACGAGACCCUGGCCGACCUCGGUAUGAAAAACGGCGGCCGGCUCUUUUUGAAAGAUCUGGGCCCGCAGAUCGGCUGGUCGACCGUCUUCCUCGCCGAAUACGCCGGCCCGCUUGUCAUCUACCUCUACAUCUAUCAGAGGCCUUGGCUCUUCUACGGCACCGGGGGCUCUUCGGCGCCGAUCAGCACGACGGCCCAUAUCGCAGCCGCCUGUUACACAUUCCACUACGCAAAACGGCUCUUCGAGACGGUCUUCGUCCACAGGUUUUCCCACGCGACGAUGCCCUUGAGCAACCUGUUCAAAAACUGUUCUUACUACUGGCUCUUCACUGCGUACGUCGCGUAUCACGUCAACCACCCGCUGUACACUUCUCCAGGAUCGGGCCAGGUGUUCGCGGGCCUCGUCGGCUUCCUGCUCAGCGAAGUGGGCAACCUGAGCAUCCACGUCGCCCUCCGGGACCUCAGGCCUCCGGGCACCAAGGAGAGGAAGAUACCAGUCGCGACGGGCAACCUGUUCACCUUACUCUUCAACUUCGUCUCCUGCCCGAACUACACGUACGAAUUCUUCUCCUGGCUCUCCUUCACCGUGAUGACCCAGUGCCUGCCGGCCGGCCUCUUCGCCCUCGCCGGCCUCUACCAGAUGUCCGUCUGGGCCAUCGCCAAGCACAAGAACUACCAAAAGGAGUUCGCGAACUACCCGAAACAGCGAAAGGCGAUCCUGCCUUUCCUCCUUUGAAAAGCCUCCAGCACAAUUCAAUAUUUCGACCUUCAAUAUUACAGUGAAUUCUAUUCAAAUUCAUUCCACAUUUCUCGACCGAACAUAUAACAAAAAUCAACGUAAAAAAAUUCCAUUUAAUGUUCAAUUUUAAUAGUUUACCUGAUAGAAUUGUAUUUACUUUUUUUUAAUAACUUUUUUUUAUGUUUAUGUUUUCCAUGUAAAGUUAGUUUUAUAAAAAUCUAAAAAAAUAAA